AUGGAAGUAAAAGAUAUGGAUGUUGUAAUUUCUGGCAUGUCUGGAAGAUUCCCAAACUCCAACAAUGUAAAAGAAUUUGAAUACAAUUUGUUCAACAAGAUUGAUAUGACGAAUGAUGAUACAAGUCGUUGGAAUCAUUUUCAAGAUGAAGUUCCGCAUAGAUUUGGUAAAAUUCGCAAUUUAGAAAAGUUUGAUGCUUCUUUCUUUUCGACACUGAAUAAGCAUGCCAAUUGGACAGAUCCGCAAAUAAGAAUUCUUCUUGAGCAUUCAUAUGAGGCGAUUCUGGAUGCUGGUGUAUCUCCACAAUCUUUAGUUGGAACCAGAACUGGUGUAUUUAUGGGAUGUAGUGUAUCAGAUGCCAGAGAUGUGUUUACUCAUAAGCUUCCUCCAAAAGAUGGAUAUGUUCUUGUUGGAAAUUCCGGAUUUUAUAUUGCAAACCGUAUAUCUUAUGCUCUUGGCUUAUGUGGACCAUCAUUAACGAUCGAUACAGCAUGUUCAAGUUCAGCGUAUGCUCUUGACUGUGCUUUUCGUUACAUGGAAGCAGGUUUGUGCGAUACAGCACUAGUUGGUGGUUCUCAACUAAUUUUGAACUCAAGAACAGCAAUUGAAUAUUCACGAUUGGGAUUAUUAGCAAAAGAUGGAAUCUCACGACCAUACGAUGUAGACGCGAGUGGAUUUGUUCGUGCUGAAACAAUUUGUGUAUUGCUUCUUCAACGUCGUAAAGACUCGAAAAGAAUCUAUGCAAAUGUUGUUUACAGUAGCUCUAAUAAUGAUGGGUUUAAGGAAGAAGGUCACACAUUUCCAUCAAGAGUUAUGCAUCAACAAUUAAUGGAACAUUUUUACAAGAAUAUAAAUUUUGAUCCAUCAAAUGUUAAUUUUGUUGAAGCACAUGCAACAAGCACUAAACUUGGUGAUCCUGAAGAAUUGGCUGCUAUUGAUAAAGUUUUUAAUAAAAGCUCUGAAAGGUCGAAGACAUUAACAGUCGGGAGUGUUAAAUCAAACAUGGGACAUGCAGAAGCAGCCUCAGCAAUGUCUUCAUUAACUAAAGUGUUGCUCUCAUUUGAAAAUCACAAAUUUCCACCAAACAUUCACUUGAAAGCUUUACGAUCAGACAUUCCAGCAUUUGCUGAAGGUCGAAUAAGAGUAGCAACAGAAGUUGAAGAUCUUCAUGGUGAAUUUAUUGCAAUGAAUUCAUUUGGACUUGGUGGUGGAAAUGCACAUUCACUGUUUAGAGGAAAUCCUAAAGUCAAGAUUAAUUCUGGAAUUCCUGAAGAUAACCUAGGUCGUAUGGUUUUGUGGUCAGGCAGAACAGAAGCUGCAAUUAAUGCAAUUAUUGAUGAUAUCACACAACGUCCACUGGAUGCUGAACAUAUAGCACUUCUUCAAAGCUCUCAAGUUCAAACAACAAUUGCGAAUACUUAUCGUGGAUAUGGAAUGUUCAUAAAAGGAGAAUCUGGAAUGAAUGCUGUCUGUACAAAGAAGAAUAUUGAAUAUUUUGAUGGAUCUCGUCGGCCAAUUGUAUUUGUUUACAGUGGCAUUGGAAGUCAAUGGCUUGAAAUGGGAAGAGAUUUGAUGAUUAUUCCACUUUUUGCUCAGUCAAUUGAGAACUGCCACAACAUCCUAAUGACUAAAGGAAUCGACUUAAAGCAUAUAAUAACAUCUACUGAUGAGAAAACAUUCAGCAAUGUGCUGCAUUCAUAUGUAGGAAUUGUAGCUAUCGAAAUUGCACUUACAGACAUAUUACGGGAACUCAAAAUAGUUUCAGAUUAUAUUAUUGGACAUUCAGUUGGUGAGCUAGGAUGUGCUUAUGCUGACAAUUGCCUUACAGCAGAGGAAACUAUAUUAGCUGCUUAUGCACGUGGUGAAGCAAGUAAUGAAUCCGAAACUAUUAAAGGUGCAAUGGCAGCUGUUGGAAUGAAUUAUUCUAAAUUAAAAGAAAUAAUGCCUGAAGACAUUGACAUUGCAUGCCAUAAUGCUGAAGACUCGUGCACAAUCAGUGGACCUAUUGAAAGUGUUAAUGCAUUUGUUAAUAAAUUAAAGGAAGACAAAGUUUUUGCCAAAGAAGUUUCAAGUUCAGGAGUUCCAUUGCACAGUCGAUAUAUCAAAGAUAUGGGUCAUAGUCUAUCCAAGAAAUUGAAAGAUAUCAUUAAAGAUCCAAAAGUACGCUCUGAAAAGUGGCUCAGUUCUACAUACUCAAAAGACUUGUGGAAUCAAACCAACGCAAUGGUUUCAUCAGCUGAAUAUCACACAAAAAAUCUCUUAAAUCCAGUUCUGUUCCAAGAAGUUACAGAAAUGCUACCUAACGAUGCUUUGACCAUCGAAGUUGCUCCAUCUGGGCUAUUAAGGGCUAUUUUAAAGAGAAGCUUGAAGGAAGGAGCUUAUGUGAAUAUAACUGAAAGAAAUUCGAAGGAUGGAUUCAAUCGUUUCUUAGAAGCACUAGGAAGCAUCUUCCAACACGGCGUUGACUUAGACAUAUCAAGAAUAUAUCCAUCAGUCAGUUUUCCAGUGUCUAGAGGAACUCCAAUUAUUUCACAUACGAUUAAAUGGAAUCACGAAGACAGUCAUUUUGUGCCGUAUUUUGACUCAUAUAAUACAUUCGAGAGACAUAACAUGCUCAUCAACAUCAGCGAUAAAAAAUUUGAGGUCGUUCAAAACCACAUUGUUGAUGGUCGUGUGCUGUUUCCAGCAACUGGUUGGAUCUUUCUUGUUUGGGAAACAUUUUCUAAAAUGAUUGGUGCUCAUUAUGAGAGUGUUAAGGUAAUUCUUGAAGACUUGCAUCUUUUAAGAGCAACAACAUUAGAGAAGAAUCAGGAUAUUCUGGUGACAAUUUCGAUACAUCGUGCAUCAGGAAGGUUUGAAGUUAUUGAAGGAAAUGCUCCCGUGGCUCGAGGUGUGAUAAAACAAGCAGAAAACAUCAAAAUGUCUGAAAUAUCACCACCUGACGAUAACCAAAGUGCUUUAACAACAGAUGAUUUCUACCAGGAAGUCCGUCUAUCUGGAAUCAUCCUUUUGGGGCUAUUUCAAGGUGUUACUGAAAUGUCAAAUGAUAACUUGAAAGGAAAGAUAAGAUGGUCUAACAAUUGGAUAACAUUUAUGGAUACGAUCAUCCAUUUUCAUAACAAACGAGUUCUAUUCUCUCGAGAGGUGGCAGUUCCAGUUAGGAUUCGAAAAUUUAUAAUUGAUCCAAUCCUGCAUUACAAGAUGGUUGGAGAAAAAAUUAAGCAAUUUAAGGCAGCAAAUCCUGAUAGAGACGAGAUGGAUAUCACUUUCGAUGUUGCUGCAUGUCCACAUCAACAAAUAAUAAAUGCUGGUGCUGUUGAGGUUCAUGAAAAAAUUUAUUCGAGGAUUCAACGAAGACUAAAGCAUCAGCCACAGCUUGAGAUUAAUAAAUUUGUUCCAUACUUUACUGAAGAAGUGAUGUCUUUGGAUGAUGCAGCCAAACUAAUUAUUCAGAUGUUAAUUGAUAAGACGAGCAGAACGAAAGUUGUUAUAGUUGAAAAAGAUAAUGAAGCUGAUGAAGAAAAGCUUUUAUUUUCUGAGUAUAUUCAAAAAGCCAUAGGUGGAAUCCCUCAAUUAGUUGGCGAUAUGACUUUAUUAACCUCUAAAAGCAACUUAAAUAUUAAAGAUGUAACAAUUGGAACUGAUGAUAUAACAUCCAUGAGUGGAAUUGAUCUUCUUAUUGAAGACAAGUGUUUUGGAGAUCAAAAUAAGAUUCAAGAGCUUAAAUCAGUUAUGAAUAUUAAUGGAUAUAUAGUUUCAAGAGAAACUCAGUGCUUUUCUGAUAUUCCUCGUGAAGAUGUCCAGUUAGUUGCUAGAAUUCGAACAACAUCUGACGAAAUCCUACACAUUUUACAAUUUGCUGACGAUUCUGUGCAGCACAAAACUUUUAACAUAAUUAAAAUCACAUCAAAUGUCACCGACUGGCUUGAGCCGCUGAAAGCUUCACUAAAAGAAUCUUCGACCAUCAUCUAUGCAUAUAAUCAAGAGCCAUCUGGAAUUCUUGGGUUCAUUAAGACUCUCAAACUUGAAUAUCAAGGCAAGAUUAAAUGUUUCUUCAUUAUGGACACAGAAAAUGCUCCUUCUGACUUUGACAUCAAUGAUGAUUUCUUUAAGAAGCAGUUGAAAUUAAACGACACUAUAAAUAUCUUCAAGGAUGGAAAAUGGGGAGGUUACAGGCACUUAAACAUUGUUCAAAUUAACAAUUCAAUUCCACAAACUUCGCAUUGCUUUGCUGAUUGUCUCAUUAAAGGUGAUCUGUCGUCAUUAACAUGGAUGCAAGGAUCAUAUGAUAUUAAUGAUUCUAAACUAGAUCUUGUUAAUAUUCAAUGCUCAUCAUUGAACUUUAAAGAUGUCAUGUUAGCUCUUGGAAGAAUCACGUCAUAUAAACCAGGAAAAGUUAUCGAGGAAGUAGCAAACUUAGGGUUCGAAUUUUCUGGAACUAAACGAAAUGGCGAACGAGUUAUGGGAAUUGCAAAUAGUCCAGGUGCAUUAGCCACUCAUUAUGAUGCUAAGAAUGCAAUGUUAUGGAAUGUUCCAGAUUCAUGGACAUUAGAAGAAGCUGCAACGGUUCCACUUGUCUAUUUUACAGUUUAUUUUGCCUUCUUCCAUACAACAACAAUCAAAGCUGGUAAGAAAAUUUUGAUUCAUUCUGGAACUGGUGGAGUUGGACAGGCAGCUAUUGAGGUCGCAUUUGCAUAUGGAUUGGAAGUUUUUACAACAGUCAGUACUGAGGAUAAGAAGAUCUUCUUACUCAAAAAGUUCCCCAAAUUAAAAUCUGAAAACAUUGGAAAUUCUCGUGACACAAGUUUUGAGAAGAUGGUCAUUAAAAAUACAAAUGGAAAAGGUGUUGAUUAUGUGCUGAAUUCUUUGGCUGGCGAGAAACUUCAAGCAUCAAUCCGUUGUUUGGGUGUUGAUGGCGUGUUUUUAGAAAUUGGCAAAUAUGACAUUCAAUCAGGAACAAACCUUGAUAUGGGAUAUUUAGGGAAACGAAUAACACUGAAGUCUGUUAUUUUUGAUGAUUUGGCUUUAGAUCCGAAUGACAUGCAGUUCGUCUAUAGUCUGGUCGACAAAGAUCUGAAGUCUGGAAUCAUUAAACCACUAAAUGUUACGGUUUUUGAUGCCAAUAAGAUUGAAGAUGCAUUCCGAUACAUGACUACUGGUUAUCAUAUUGGCAAAGUCGUACUCAAGAUGCGUCAAAACGCAAACGAUAAAUGCUCAUUGCCAUUAAACUCACUGAAUCGAGUUUAUUAUAGUUCUGAUGAGUGCAUCAUAAUCCCUGGCGGUUUGGGUGGUUUUGGGAUUGAACUGGCUGAGUGGCUCGUAUUAAGAGGAUGUCGGAAAUUAAUUUUGAGCUCAAGAAGAGGAAUAAGUACUGGAAGACAGGCAUAUAAAAUUGCCCUUUGGGAAUCACUAGGUGCAAAAGUAGUUGUCAGCACAGCAAAUACAGCAACAGAAGAAGGUUGUGAUGAAUUAAUCAAACAAGCAAAUGAACUCGGCCCAGUUGGAGCAAUUUAUAAUCUUGCUGGUGUCAUUCGUGAUAAUCUAUUUGAAGAUAUUGAUGAGACAGCCUUCAACGAGACAUUGGCACCAAAAGCACUUGCAACAAAACAUUUAGAUAAAAUAUCUCGAGUUCUAUGUCCAAAUUUAAAGCAUUUUGUUGUAUUUUCAAGUGUAGCAUGUGGACGUGGUAAUAUUGGUCAAAGUAAUUAUUCAAUGGCAAAUUCAGUCAUGGAAAGAAUAAUUGAGGAAAGACAUCGAGAUGGAUUGCCAGGAAAAGCUAUUCAAUGGGGUGCAAUUGGUGAUGUUGGAAUGCUUGCUGAAGCUCAAUUAAAGGAUAUAGGAAAGGACUUUUUGGGGUCUAUUCCUCAACCAAUUUUAUCGUGUUUUGAAGUACUUGACACACUUCUCACAUCAGAUGAUCCAAUAGUAUCAAGCAUAAUUGUUGCUGAUAAAAAAUCAAGUAACUCUAAGAAAAGAAACAUUAUUGAUAUAAUCUUCAACAUUAUGGGAAUCCGAGAUAGAAAGUCAGUUUCAAUGGAUUCAUCAUUAACACAGCUAGGCAUAGAUUCACUGACAGGAGUCGAAUUACAGCAAACAAUUGAACGAGAAUUUGACAUUUCUUUAACAUCACAAGAAUUGCGAUCACUUACUUUGAAUCAACUGUCAUCGAGAGUUACUUCAAAGAACAUUAAAAGUCUAGAAAUUGACGAAGAAGUUUCAACAACUGAAAGGUGGAUGACAAUAAUGAUGGAAGGUGUAAUCGAUAAUAAUGCUAAUCUGAUCACAUCAGAAACUAUCGUUAAAGCUAAUGACGUUGAAAAUAAAUCAAAUACAAAGGUUUUGAUAAUUCCUGGAUUAAUUGGAUAUGCUGCAAAUGUUUUUCGUAAUCUUGCAAAACAAUUGGACUUUCCUGCUUAUAUUUUACAACUAAUCCAUACGACAGAUUGCAAGAGUAUUGAUGAUAUUAUAACAAAUAUAAUUGAUCAUGUUUUAAAUCUCUUUUCUGAUGCUGAACAUUUCAUUCUUAUUGGUCAUUCUUUUGGUACGAUUUUAACUUUAAAGCUUGCUAAAGUUUUAGAAGAUUGUGGUAAAUCUGGUCAAGUAAUUCAACUUGAUGGAUCGCCAGAAUUUCUUAAAAAGUAUACGAUUCAAAGUAUUCGAGAAGGAAAUCUCCCAAAAUUCAAUAAUCACAUAUCGAUGAUUCUUUUUAAUAUUUUCCAGCAAUUUGUUGAUUCCAAAAUUUCAAAAUCUGCAAUUGAAAAUCAUAAAACUUGGGAAAGUAGACUUAAAGCAAUGAUUGCAGCGUCUGGAAAUAAAAUACCAGCUUCCUAUGAACAGUUAUCGGAUCAAGUUUGCGUAUCCUAUACAAAUCGAUUGAAUAUUACUCGUGAUCUUAAAAAUGAAGAGUUUUCAAUUUUAAAGGCAACAAAAAUUUCAUUAAUCAAAGCAUCAAAGCCACCAGUUGCAGGAUUUAUUGAUGAUUAUGGAUUAUCGGUAUUUUCAACAAGCAGCAUUGUUACUAAUACUGUUUUUGGUGAUCACACAACAUUCCUUCAAAAUCCUGAAUUAUCAACAAUAGUAAAGAAGUUGAUUUCGAAUUAAGC